UCUCGCGGCGGUCACGCAUUUUUACUCGUCUUGAAUUUUCAACGUGCAAUCCCGCAGUUAAUUUAUAAAUCGCGUGAUCUAGCCAUAUAUGAUAAUUGUGAGCUAGUUCCCGCGAACUAUCCAAAAAGAUUAGAAAAAAUAACGUCUAUUCCCGGCUUAGAAGACACACCGGGCGACCGUUGCUUCAUAGACUUGCUCCGUAAUUUUCAUUCAUUUAUAUACGUGCAGCAUGGUAGCGACGCACCGUUCCUCUUGACACUUCCAAAACAUUUCGCGUUUAACCUAAAACGCAACGUGAAUCGCAGUCCCGCAAGACGUAACGAACUUAUCAUCAUGCAAUCUAGAAAUUGUUAACAAUUGAUUUUUCAACUGGCUGAUUUUGUCGGAUUAAUCAAGAAAAAUGAGUACACUCAAAGAAACCAUUAUUGAGGAAAUUGCUUUGGAGGGCUUAGAUGGCAUAACGCUCGAAGCAUUAUGGCUUCGUUUAUCUAUGGCAUUAAAGCUCACACUCCCAUUCAAAAGAUUGUUUAAGGAACAAGUUUGGGACAAAUGUAUAAAUGUAUCUAAAUUUAAAUUUUACAAAUUAAAAGAGGCAAGAGAUAAGCUAGUGAUAUUUGAUAACUAUGAACUAGAGUACCUGAAUGUCGACUCCAAUCAGAAUUUUGAGCAAAAAGACAUCUAUCCUCACUUUCCUAUCAAAGAUAAAGGAGUCAGAGGCUCAUGUUCAACUUAUUCUACUCGAGAAGACAUAACUAGUUUGGUAAAAAAAUUAAAAUUAUCUGAAGUAGAAGAAAAAUACCCAGAAACUUUGGUAAUUGUUGCCGAUCAGCCUACACGAGAAAAAGCUCUCUGUACUGAAGGUGUCCAGAACAUUAAAGAUUUAUCACUUACACAUUACUGCUUACUGGAAAGAAUAGGCCGGGCUCGAUGGAUUGGUGAAGUAACAAUUAAGAAAAAUUCGAAUAUCAAACAAGAUGCAAAAGCUAUGUUCUAUAUUAGAAAAACUCUGCAAAAUAGAGGAUUGAUAAAAAAACAAGUUUAUUAUUCAGGAAAUGUUGGCACUCCAUAUAAUGGUCAAAAUGUUGGUACUCUCCUACAUUUGACAAAAUUUUUCAAUAUUAGAAAACCCAAAGUAAUAAUGUGGGCUGAACAUUUGAUAAAUUAUCUAAAAUCUAGACAGAACUGUGCUGCUGAAUACAAUGAAGUCAAAAAUGAGCUUAAUUUAGAGUAUUCUAUAAAAAAAUUUUUCAAAAUUAAUAUGUUACAAAAAAUUUUUAAAACAGAUUUGAAAGUGCCAUAUAGAUCCUACUAUCCUAAUUCUGCAGAAAGUGAAUGGAGGAUAAAAAAUAAUCCAUCGAGAGAAAGAAUUUUAAAACUUGUUACUUUAGCUGAUCCAAAUAUUAAUGUGAAUGAUAUCUGGAAGACAGAGGAAGAUGAUGAUGAUGAGGAUGAGCCUUUUCCAGUAUUAAAUGUAUAUAAACAUAAAUAUAUGGUAGACUUUGUAAAGCAGGCCAACAAUAAAGUAAUUGUUACGGGUGAUAAAGGAAUUAGUCAAACAGAACUUGGAAAAGAAUUAGGUGUUUCUAAGUUAAUAAGUAGAACAUUAACUCGAAACUUAGUUAAAUCCAAUAUGGUAUCUACAUACAUGCAUGAUAGUGGUAGACAACGAACUACUAGAUUUGUUUCUAAAAAAUUGAAAUCUCAAAAUACCCAUAAAUCACAACAACAACAAAUUGAAGAGGAAAUUUUAAAAAUCAAAGAACAUGGUCGAUUAUUGCAAAAUAAUGUUGUAAAAGAAGUACCAGUUGAUGUUAAUCCAAAACGUAGUACUCCAGUUAACAUUUCAAAAAGUAGUACUGAAAAUACUACAUUAGAGAAAAUAAAGGAUAAUGACAUUUCUGAAAGUAAAAUGCCAGUUGUAGAGGCAAAAAAUGAAAAAAUAAUUCUAACUGAUUCUAAUGAUUCCAAUGAUUAUAAUGGUUCCAAUGAUUCUAAUGAUUCUAAUUAUUCUAAUGAUUCUAAAGAUUCCAAAGAUUUUAAUGGACGCAGAGAUCACCGACUGUUUACAACAGUCAAUCAUAUAUUUAAGAAGUACAAAUUAUUCUCUAGUCAUAUGAGAUACAAAUAUACUUCAAAGCAAAAAAGUGUUGGGUUCAGAAAUUCUGAUUUAAAUAAUGUUUCUGAUGAGUCAAAAGAUCUUGAUCAUGCUUCUGUUACGUCUAAUAUCUUUAAAAAUGAAGAUAAAAAUUCUCCUAAUGAUUCUCAAAUAAUUGAGAGCGAUUUAUACAGAAAUAUAGAAACUACACUUAUUGUGCAAAAACCAGAAUGCAAAAAGAAAUCUCAAAAAAAUUGUGUAAAGGGCAUUAUAGAGGAUUUACAAAACACAAAUGGAAAAAGUCAGACUGGGUUUUCAUUAAGAUUGCUGCGUAGAGCUAAUUUGAUAUUAGAUAGUGUCAAGAAGUACACAAUUAUUGAUGAUAUUCAUAAAUUGGUUAAAUACAUUAGUGCAGAAGAAGAAAAAGAAGGUUUAGAAGAAAAAUUAGAUAAAAAUUCGUUGCUUAGAAUUUUACAAAGAUUAGAUGAGGAUAACUUAAUCAAAAAUAUUAAGUUAAUAAUAAAAAAUAAAAAAUUAUCCAGAGUUAAAGUUAUUAAUUUUAUUUGUGAUCCAAGUGUAGAUAUUAACGACUCUAUAAUAUUAUCAGCUGUAGAACAAGCAAAAUUGAAAUUUUGCAUGAGAGGUAGCUACUUAUUAAAGUCAAUAGAGAAUUUCGAAAGAACGUCCAGUUAUUCUAGACGGGAGCAAAAACCAAAAGCUAUUCAUAAAAGUAAUAUGCAUGGGAGACAUUUUGGUUAUAGUCCUAAAUUCAUACGAAUGAAAGAGAUGCACAUAUUUUUGUAUUAUCUUGUUCAUGACCAUCCUGGGAUCUGUUAUCCUAGAGAUGUUUUUCUGGAUAUAUUGAAGAGCGAAAACUUGUCGGUAGAUGAUGAAUUUUUAAAUGAUGUCAAAAAUGUUUAUAGCAAGGAAAUCGGUUGGAAAAUGUUCGUUCCACCUCUACCAGAUCAUAGAGGAUAUCCCAAAGGCUGGUGUCUAAUGUCGGAUGUGCAUUUGAGAAUGCCUUUGUCAAUGUUUGUGAAAUUGCACAACGUCAAUUCAGACGCGGAUGGUCUGAAAGAAUUACUUGACCACCCUAUAAAACGACACAUGUUGGUGAAAGAUGUGCCUACAUCUUUGCGAGAUAUGCUCUACUUCAAACGUCGCUACAUAUUCAGCAUUCACGAGCUCGCUAGUCGCUUGUGUUUCAUCGGCCUCUUGCAAUUUGGUCCGCAAAUGCUGAAAGAAAAAGAUCAAGUAUUUGUCUAUCUGAACCAACACAGUGAACUGCUCGACACAACCUCCUCGGCCGCUGGAUAUCAUCGGGUCGAAGACAAACCUUACCCCGUAACGAAAUUCAAAUUCAGCUCGAUGGCUGUCGUAGAGAGUUACUGGUACGAGAUGUGGAACACGUGCAUCAACACUUGCCUCGGUGGUCGAUCCGUCGUCGAGGGCAAAGAUAUACUUUUGGAAGAUCUGUCGCGUAAACCCGAAAUGUUGAGUUCAUUGAAAUCGCGAGCACCCGGCGAAGCUGAAAAACACGAUAUUGGCUUUGUACCGGGCGAUCGUAAAGGUGCGGCAGGAGUCGAUUCGGCUUUCUUUUCUCACCUCAAGCGUAAUUGGAAUUGGAUUCAGACUGGUCCAAAAGAGUACAAUGAUUCCAAAUCACCAUCGAGUAGAACAUCGAGUUCUCGAUCAGUUUUACCGAGACGCACUGUUCCGGCUAAAAAGCGCAGUAUUUCGAGUAAGCCAGCAGCACUGAGUAUAAAACGCGCGUCAAAGCCUCCAGAGACAAAAGCUCCAUUAUCCACCAAAAAGGCCGUCAAUCUCAAGGAGUUACCAACUAUAUCGUACAGCAAGCCUCCGAAAAUCAUACGCACAGUUUUGCCCCGAAAACCGAUGCGGAAGCGCGUAAAGUACGAUGAAAUUGAUUACAGAGCUCUGCAGCAAAUGGACAAAUUGCGCGUCGAUUGGGAGCAGCACGAAGAUACCAUACUGCUCGUUUGCAAAGUUGCCAUGGUUUAUCUAUGCCCGAAUCCUCGUCGAAACCUCGUCGCCUAUUCGACGAUACGCGAUAUCUUGCGCUCGUACACGUUCAAAUCGAUGAACAAAACUUCACGAGCUUGCCAGCGGCGAUUGCUGUAUAUGCUGAAGCAACAGAAAACCGUGAAUAGCGUUCUUCUGGGCGUUGAAGAGCUGAAGCAAGACCAUUAUGUUAAUAAACGUUUUGGACAACAUAUCGAUCCAGUUCGAGGAGAGAGCGAAGAUCCUGGAGAAUACGAGAAACGAGUAGCAAAAAUUUUCAAGGAUCUCGUGGCUUAUGUAGCUAGAAAAUAUUACAAUAUUUCCAAUAUGGAUCGAAGAGAACCUGUCACUCUUCCCAGGACCGUUCAAGAGUUUAACUUAUAUUACAAGCUGAAAUUGCCAACGAAGACGAUGGUAACUCCCGGUGUUUCCAAAGAAGUCCGGGAAGUCAUUGAUAUCCAUACGGCGACCAUUAAUUCUGUAAUUCACAGUUCUAUGUGCUGCGGAAAAGAAAGACGGUCGUGGGCGUAUCAACUAUUUAAGGUUUACCAGCAAUAUCCGGAAUACCUAUUGAGAAAUGCGAUGCUGAAAAUACGCGCGGAUCAAAUGGUGACUAUGAAGAAAAACUACAUGUGCGCUUAUAAGAAAUUUGGCAACUGCAUGCCUAUGAGUAGUUCGCAGUACCAAUUGAGUUCGGCUUAUUACUACAAGUUUCAAACCAAAUGGCCUUACGAGAUUUUCUCCGCGUCGUACAACGUUCACUUCCCGCUGGUCGAACAUUAUAUGAAGAAACUGAAGGAUCCGAGUAUCGACGGUUUCCAAGCGAAGCAAGGAGAGGCCGGAGUUGUGGCCGCCAUUCAUGAUUACUUCGUUUUUGACAGUGUCGACAUCGACAUUGCAAUUCCCGACCAAGUUAUCAUGCUUGAUCCGGGAUUGCAAGAAAAAGAUGAUGUUUAUCAGAGGAUAGCAAAGCGAUUCGAGACCAUAUUGGAGAGCCUCAGCAAUGUUCCUAUUGGUGUCGCAGAAAAUAAUAAGGAAGUUACGAAUGAUAGCAGUGUAAUAAUUCAGGAAAUUCGUUCGAGAAAAAGGCCUUUCACAGAGGAGCCAGUAGUCUUAUCUAAAGUGCCAAAACUCGACAGCGAAUCCAAUGGAAAUGGAUCUUCAGUUGAUCGAGUUUCCGAUGAACUUUUGGAUAAAUCUCAAUCAAAAGCACUAAAAAGAUCUAAUCACGAAGAUUUAUUCGAAGAGUAUAAUUCAAAAAAGCUAAAAUUGAUUGAUGGACAUGAACAAACGACAGAAGAACAAAGCGAUCAGUUAAUGGAAAUUAAUGGAAUGGAUGUAACAAGUUUCUUAGAAAAUGAAAAAUCACUCGAAGACAUAAUUCCCGUAGUGAAAGAAAUACCACUCGAAGCUACAAGUCCCAAGGAAAAUGAAAAACCACUCGAAGAUAUAAGUCCUAAGGAAAAUGAAAAACCACUUGAAAAUGUUUCUGUUGGAGAAACAAAUGAUCAGCAGAAACAACAUCCUGAGCGCGACUCAACAAACUCGCCGAACGAGGAGACUCAGAACCAAACGCAAGGGCACCGAAUCAGCGAUUUGAUAAGGCGCGCCAAGGAUACAAGUAUCGUCAACGACAACUCCAGAGCUCGCGCCAUUCUGCCGGACAUGAACGACGUUCGCACGAGGCAAACUCGCAUAGCAAUGCUGCAGAUGCGCGAAGAACUGCACGAACUCACGUUCCAGGACAAUCACCACGCUCACGAAUACUUCGUCGUUAAUUCAUGCAAGAUGUAUUACACCCUCAAGUCUACCGACUUGAUCGCCGAGGCCAGAAUUAUCUAUCAGGGAAUGGAACUUCCGCGCACUUUGGUUCCCCUCGAGACGGAUCUGAUCAAUCGUGUGUUGAACGAGAUCAAAAAUUCUGCCAUCUUUCCGAAAAAUCCAACGUCGUACGACAAUUUGAAGAUCGAUGUUGCGCAGCUGAAGCUUUCUUGGAACGACGUUGAUAAAAUUUGCAAAUUUAUCAAAGCUAAGAAUGAAUUCGGUGCAACACUUCACGAAAUAGCGACAACAUUCAGUCACAUCGACACGCUAUCUAGGAUCCUCUCUUUACUCGUGGAAAAACGUAUUGUUUUGCGAGCGGGCAUCGUCACCGUGCGAUAUAUUUAUCAUCGCUCUGUCAAUCCCUGGAUAAUACAUUCUUACAAAAUUCUACGUUUAGAAAGAGAAGCGCAUCAAGCUGUACCCGAAGGAAGUGUAUACGUCUUAGACGAUGGUGAAGACAAUUGGAACGAAGAUACUAAUAAAUGUCUGAACGCUGCAAACCUGUUUUACAGUACUGAUAAAAAUUCUCAGCCUGAAAUUGAAACCGGAUUGUCAGUGUCGACAGAUUUGCCAGAUCUACCAAAAUCUUCCAAAAUGGAAAUCGACAAAACUAUUGAACAUCAUUUGAACCAGGAGUUACCAAAGAAAAAUGAUGUCUCGAAAGAAAAUGAAACUGUGGAAAGCAACGAUGAUGGACAAUCGAAUGCUACUAAUUCUGAGAACAAAGAUUCAACUGAUAAUCACAAAAAAAUGCGUCGUAAUAGAACUAUUCUAUUGAAGCAAAAUGAAAUUUAUCGAGCUGCGAAACUACUAGACUUUAACACUGCCGAAGAAAUAAAAGUAGUUAUAAAACCUUGGAUAAGAAUAGAUGGAGUUGUCAACCGAAGGGUUUUAGAUCGAAUGCUUGGAGCUAUUCUCUGCUACUGUAUGGAAAAACCUGGAUUGCCACUUUCUGAAGUACAAAAUCGAUUUUCACCUGCGAUUCAACCCUAUCAUACCAGAGAACUAAUAGAGAUUUUGAUAAAACUGAAAUGCCUAGAGACAUAUGUGCAACGGAAAUCCAAAGUGACAUUAUUUUCAAAGCCUGCCAGAGUUGAUACAAGUGGAAAUCCAGAUUUGACAGCUGAUAGCAAUACAAUCUUUGUAGAGCCAGCAUUGCAAGCAACCCUGAAGUUUGGCAUGUUUUUAAGUAAUCGAUCGUAUAGUUUAGAUUUUUUGUCGAAUUUAUGAAUUAAGCAAUUUUCAAUUCUGUUUGUUGAGAGUUUUCGUGUUCGUGUUAUCCAAUUUUUUCAAGAAAUUUUAUUCAUUUGUUUCUUAUUUAAUUAAAUUUUUAUAACAAAAUUAUGCUUAAUAUGUACGAAGAACAUUGGAAUUAUUUUAUGAGAAAUAGUUUGAGUAUUAAAAACAUUUUUUAUUUUCAGAACAUUCAGGUUUACAUACUGUUUUUUUUUAUCGUGAUUUUAGAUUAAUUAACUAGGACAAUGCUCAACUAUACGUACUGAUCUUACUAUAAAAUUAUUAAUUGCGAAUUCAGUUAUAAAAGAAAUUGUUCGUAUUAAAAUACAUAUUUGUAAUUGUAAAUUAUGUAAAAAUGAAUACGUUUGUAUAUAUUUAUGUAAUAUGUACCAGC